UUUGCGCGGCUCUUUGCAGCUGUGGUUGGUAUUCUCGCCUGGUUCGCGAAUCGAAGACGCCGUGCGUGUGUGUGUUGUGUGCGGAUUAAAAGUGCGUCUCGCGCGUCUUUCGUGGAUCGGUCCUCGGUCGUGUGAGUCUGGUUGGUUCGCGCGGACAUCAACAACCAGCACCAGCGGGCAACCGGAACGGUACAAAAAAUGUCAUCGUCGCCGCCACUGCCGCCACCGCCGCCGCCGCUAACAUCGGCCGAAAUGUCGCUAAAUAAUAAUUGCCUGAUCGGCAACGGAUCGGCGGUCGGUCAAAGUGGCCCGACGCAGCAGCAGCCUCAGCCACCGCCGCCAAUCGCUAAUAAACCGCAGGCCACCGCCGCAGCCGCCGCCACCACCAACGUCUCGACCGCUAGUCCGAGUCCGUCACCUGCGAAAGGCCCGGCCGCCACGGCGCCCCCCGAAGAUACCACCAAUAGCAGCGCACCGAAUAUUAGCCUCGAUAAAGGAUCGGCCUCAUUAACGGGGUACUUCGGCGAAUUUUGGAUUAGAGCUUCGAUUGAGGCCAUUGAAACUAUAGAGGAAGGCAACGAUGAUCAACCAUUUGUGGUCGAUGAAAAGAAGAAACCAGACUAUGAUAUUAAUUUGUAUUUAUACUCGGAAGAAUUGGAUGCUAGACCGAGGGCAUCAACGUUCCUUAAUUCGAUCGCCAAUUAUUCGAAUACCAUUCCAAGUCCCGGAGAUCCGGAUGCGAAGCCUCAAAGAGGUGGAGCCCGUAUGGGCACAUUGGUCGGCGUUUAUUUACCUUGCAUACAGAAUAUAUUCGGCGUAAUUUUGUUUAUUCGAUUGACAUGGGUUGUGGGUACAGCCGGAGCUGUGUUUGGAUUCCUCAUCGUUUUAUUAUGUUGCUGUGUGACUAUGUUAACUGCCAUUUCCAUGAGUGCCAUCGCCACAAACGGAGUUGUCCCAGCGGGCGGAUCAUACUUCAUGAUCGGUCGAUCGCUGGGUCCAGAAUGUGGGGGUGCUGUAGGCCUCCUCUUCUACACUGGUACCACGCUGGCAGCGUCUAUGUACAUCAUAGGAGCCAUCGAGAUAUUAAUCACGUACAUGGCUCCUGGACUAUCGAUAUUCGGUGAUUUCACCAAAGAUCCGAGUAUCAUGUACAAUAAUUUUCGCGUCUAUGGUACGUUCAUGCUGUGGAUACUGGGUUUGAUCGUAUUCGUCGGCGUCAAGCUAGUGAAUAAAUUCGGGGCUGUGGCGUUGGCAAUGGUUUUAUUGUCUAUCCUCGCCGUAUACAUUGGAAUCUUUCAAAAUGCCUACGGGAGCGAGAAAUUACACAUGUGCGUAUUUGGAACACGACUAAUGCAAAUGAAUGACACGAGAAAUUGCACGAAGGAAUUCUUGAGACCAUUUUUCUGCACAAAUCACUCGCAAUCAUCUUGCGAUCCGUAUUUCCUCAACCACCAAACCAGUAUUCGAAAAGGAAUUCAAGGACUCGCCAGCGGCGUUAUAAAAGAGAAUUUAUGGAACAAUUUUCGAUCAAACGGCGACAUAUUAGCAUUAUCAAAGGACCCGGCUGAUUGGGAAGCGAAAAAAGAAAGAAACAAUAGACAGAUCUACGUUGAUAUAACGACCUCAUUUACAUUGCUAAUUGGAAUAUUCUUCCCUUCGGUUACCGGAAUUAUGGCUGGUUCGAAUCGCUCUGGAGAUUUAGCGAAUGCUCAAAGGUCAAUUCCGAUUGGGACGAUUUGCGCAAUUUUAACUACCUCUUUUGUGUACCUAUCUGCUGUGAUACUUUUCGCCGGCACAGUAGAUAAUUUAUUGUUACGUGAUAAAUUUGGCCAAAGUAUCGGAGGACGAUUAGUUGUGGCGAAUAUCGCAUGGCCCAACGAAUGGGUAAUUCUAGUCGGAUCGUGUCUAUCGUCAUUAGGUGCUGGACUACAGAGUUUAACCGGUGCUCCUCGACUGCUACAAGCAAUUGCCAAAGACGGAAUUGUGCCUUGUUUAGCUCCAUUUGCGGUAUCUUCGUCGCGAGGAGAACCGACGCGAGCUUUGAUAGCUACGUUGAUCAUCUGCCAAGGUGGAAUUUUACUCGGAAACGUGGAUUUUCUGGCACCUUUAUUGGCUAUGUUUUUCCUAAUGUGUUACGCUUUCGUUAACCUUGCGUGUGGUUUUCAAACAUUGCUCAAAACGCCCAAUUGGAGGCCUAGAUUUAAAUAUUACCAUUGGUCGCUGUCAUUUGUUGGAUUAUCGUUGUGUAUUUCGGUGAUGUUCAUGUCGAAUUGGUUGUAUGCGUUGCUCGCUAUGGGCAUGGCUGUUAUUAUUUACAAAUACAUCGAAUACAGAGGAGCUGAAAAAGAAUGGGGAGACGGUAUGCGAGGAUUACCUUUAUCGGCAGCUCGAUACAGUUUACUACGUUUGGAAGAGGGACCACCUCACACGAAGAACUGGAGACCUCAACUUUUGCUGUUGGCCAAAUUGGACGACUCGUACAAACCAAAAUACCCGAAAUUGUUUUCAUUUGCUGCUCAAUUAAAAGCUGGUAAAGGUUUGACUGUGUGCGUGUCCGUGAUAUCCGGUGAUUACACUAAAUGCAGCGGAGAUGCUGUUGUUGCCAAACAAUCCAUCAAAAAAGUCAUGGAAGAUGAAAAAGUCAAAGGUUUUGCUGAUGUUUUGAUUUCCAAAGAUACCACUGAAGGAUUAAGUCAUUUGAUACAAACCACUGGUCUUGGAGGCAUGAAACCAAACACGGUUAUUUUAGCUUGGCCCGAAGGAUGGAACAAGCCAGGAAAUCAAAACACGUGGAAAGUAUUCUUGCAAACGAUACGUAACAUAUCGGCAUCCAAAAUGGCGCUGCUGAUACCCAAAGGAAUUAAAGCAUUUCCAGAUUCGAAUACCAAAGUUGCUGGUCACAUCGAUAUUUGGUGGAUCGUCCACGACGGUGGUAUUCUAAUGCUGAUACCAUUUUUACUAAAACAACAUCGAACGUGGAAGAAUUGUAAAUUACGUAUUUUCACCGUUGCUCAAAUGGAAGAUAACUCCAUACAAAUGAAAAAAGAUCUCAAAGUGUUCUUAUAUAAUUUACGUAUCGAAGCUGACGUCGAAGUUAUCGAAAUGAUGGAUAAAGAUAUUUCAGCCUAUACUUACGAAAGAACAUUGGUGAUGGAACAAAGAAAUCAAAUGCUAAGAGAACUACAGUUGAAGAAAAAAGAAACCUUCGGCGUGAUGCCCAGUUUAGUUGAUUUCAAUGCUGAAACACCGAUGGAAGAGAACACUCCUCUGGUUCAGAAUAUCGUCGAUCAGCAUCACUACGAAACAAAAACACCAACAAAAGUUCGUUUCCAAGAAACACCCGUUCACGAAUCUAACAAAUCUGAGAAUAAAAAUAACCCUGACUGUGAAAAGGAACAGAAUUGUAUUUCAGACAACGACCCCGAAGCCAAAAAAUCAAUAUUAUCGAAAAACGACAAUAAAACAAGAAGCUCACCGCAAAAAUUACUCACACCUGACGAAGGUAACGUUCGAAGAAUGCACACGGCAGUAAAAUUAAACGAAGUUAUUCGAAGUAAAUCGUCAGAUGCCAAAUUGGUCAUAUUCAAUUUACCAGGACCACCGAAAGACCCCGCAAUAGAGAAGGAAUCAAACUAUAUGGAAUUUUUAGAAGUGCUUACCGAAGGAUUAGACUGCGUGCUAAUGGUACGUGGCAGCGGACGCGAAGUGAUAACCAUUUAUUCUUAAUUAAACCGACUUGUAAAAGUAUUUUCAUCUCGUCAUCGUCGUCACUGUCGUAAUAAUUCUAAUUCGAAACCAAAGUACAACAUUAUGGAGACGAAGACGAAGACGAAGACGAAGACGAAAUAAAAAACAAAAACUUCAAACGCGGAAGGAAAAUACAUCGAACGAAGACUGCAGAAAAUCUGGUUUGCUUUUAUACCUACCUACUUAAUAAAAUACUACAUGUACUUCAUAGAUUAAUAAUUUUUACAUUACCUAUCUUCUAUCUUUUUGUCUACUACGCCUCCUUUCAUCUUCGCGUCUCAAAAAAAAAUAAUAAUAUUACUACAUCUCGUAAUACAAAAUUGAUCGGGUGAUUUUUUAGCAUUUUUGUUUUUGUUUUUGGUGUGUUUACGCUGUUAACUUUUGAAUUUGUUUUUGUUUUCUUCGUAUAUUUUUCUCUCUAUCUCUCUCCCUCUCUCUCUAUUUUUUUUUCUUGUUUUAUACUAUUAUUAUAAUCACGAUUACUUUACGCAUAUUUUCUAUAUAGUAGAUUAUUCGACGAAUCAUUAUAUUGGGUAUAGAAGUUUUACAUCUAUUUGUAAUACUUUCAUUAUUUUUAAUUGUCAAGUUUCAUUUUUUUUUUUUUUUUUUUUUUUUUGAAAAUUACCUACCUAUUUAGAAUUUUAACGAUGUUAAUUGUUAGACGAUUUUAUCGUAUUUUUGUUUGUUUUUGUUUACGUUCUUCUAUUUUCUUUCAUUUUUAAUUCGUUUUAGUCGAAUCAUUUUAUUCUUGUUAUCGUCUGAUGGUCGCAGUAAGGAGUCGAUCUGUGUGACCCGAAUACCUUAUGUACGUAAUACGCUCUACGUGUACAUUCCAAUUGGCCCUUUUCUCCUACUUUUUGAGAAUGUUAUCGCAGUCGUUACGAACGACCUAAUGUGAUUUUUAUUCCUGAUUAUUUUCUUAUUGAAAUAAAUUUACUCUAUCGUAACAUUCGCGUUGCUAGAGAAGAGAAGAAAAAAAACGCAUGCGAUUUGUUAGUCGAAAGAAAAAAUAACGCGAUUGCGACUUAGUCGUCAAUUACUAUAUUUUUAUAAGUAUUCGGCUUCGGUGUUGUGUAGUUACUUUUUUUCUCCUUUUGUUUCUUUUUUUCUCGUUAUUGGAGGGGGAAGGAAAAGGAUAGAAUUCCUUACCUUCCGCGAUGAAUGGUUACCAUAAUAUACAAUAUACUAUAAAAUAACGUAACACGUACCUAUGUACCUAUUCGAGCCAGAAAUCGAUAAUUGAAUGAUGCGAAAUGAGAGUUGGGUGAAAUUUAUGGUAUUUCGGUAUCUGGCGAAUGUCGAAGGCAUUAGAUUGUUGUAUUUUGUACAUUUAUGUGUAUAAAUAGUAUGUAAUGUUAUUAUAUGUUACGUGUAAAUGUGUUCAUAGAAAGUUGAUAUUGUUAUUGAUUUCGAGUGAUGAGAAUUUUGGCUUCACGUUGGUAGAGUUAAGAGAUGUAUAGGCCUAAAUGAGACUAGAUAAUGUAUUAAUAUUGAUAAACGAGCCAAAGGAUAUGAAUACGAUACGGUGUGGUGUUUUUUAAAGGGACUGAUAAAGUUCGAAUUAUAAUUACUCACUCGAGUAAGGAUUGCAACACACAUCGUUCGUUACUUUUUAAUUAUUUUUAACACCAUUGAUUUUAUUGGCGGUGAUAUUGUUGGGUUAUUGAUGGUCCUUGAAGGGAUUUCUCGUAGGUUGAUUUACAAAAUUGUGUCGUAUUAUUUUUAAUAUUUGAACUAAAAUGCCGAAAAGUGGAGUAAAUUCACGAAGAAUUGAACCCUGUUUACGAAUACGAAGAGUUUUUUUUACUCAUUUUAUGAAAAAUAUUGAGGAGCGUCACUCUGGAUUUUGAAUAUUUAUUUUUUCAAGUAGUUGGUAACACUGAUGAAUUGAGAAAUGAAAGUUAUUUUGGAAAUUCUUGCGCGUUAUUUUAUCGGUAUUGAUUUUCUGAGCUGGGAACGUUAAGGGAGAAAAGAAUUUGAAAAAAGUUUCUGUUGUUCGCGAACGUUUUGUUCUCACGUUGAGUGAUUACCUACUCGUAGAAGGGUUGAAAUCGUUCAGGAACGAUUUGAAAAUUAAAGGAUCGAUCUAAUAAACUAUAUUGUGGCAUUUACGAUAUUUUCUGAGAUUCUGAUACCGUUGAUUGAAUUAGGAUGCGCCAUAUUUUGGAAUAAUUUUGAACGAAUGACUAGAAAUGUAUAGAAAUCGUAUACCUACUAAGCUAACUUUGUUUUAAAUUUUAAUUUUUUGGUAAUCGUUCGCGAACGACUGAUUUAAAAUCAAAGUAUCGUUUCAUUUUAUUUCUUUACUGAAGUGAUAUCUAAAUCAUUCUUGAACGAUUUACUCGUAAGUCGUCGUAUGAAAUAUUUCGCGAACAACUGGCUCAAUACCUUAUUCAUUCAAGUCGAGCAGAAAAAUUCAACAUUUAAAAUUCAAGAAUUGUUUGCUGAAGAUUGAUUUGAAUUUUUUUCUUUUUCAAGACAUUCGAUUUUUUUGACUAGCAAUAUUUUUGAAUCGUUCGUAACGCUUUAUCUCUCUGAAAUUAUACCUAAAUUAAUGACAAUACUUUUGGGACAUCUUAUGUUUGAAGAAAAUAUCUUCGAUCGAAGAUAAUAACAGAACAAAGUGAAUUUUGAAGCAGUGUUACCAAAUUUGUCUGCAUCAAGAUGUUUGAUGCCUCAUUUGAGAAUUGAAUUGUCAUUUAGACAUUGACUUGUACGUGUACCUAUUAAAUGAUAAAAAUUCAUAACGAUAA